AUGAAUAUACAGUGUGCGACCAGUGCCGGGCCAGAAAGAUCCGCUGUAGUAGGGAAAAGCCGUCCUGCAGAAACUGUAACCGUCUCGGUUUGCAGUGCGAGUGGUCUGGUCAAGGCAAAAGGUGAGUCAUACUAUCUUAGGGAUGGGCAGUCGUCUUCAAAGCUUAGAGCGGACACACAAAGAUCUUUAAAACGGCUUUUCGAGGGGUCAUUGGUUGUCGUGCCUCCCUCCUCAAGAUACCCAGUCAGCCCAUCAAGGACUACGCCCCAGCUAUCUCCUCAACAAUCUGCAGAUCCUGCAAAAGUACCGGUAUUUACGGUGCCGCUUGGCCGUCACCAUUUGGGCCCAGAUAAUGAUAGAAGAUUCUUUGGUCCUACAGCUCUUGAAUCGCUAAUGCUCAACAUCAAGGAUGAAAUCUCUGACAUCCCUGAUAUCGAGAGCCACACCUUGAAGGAGGGCGUCUUGCAAGCACAACGCAAGGUUAGCCUUCUAGUUGAUCAGCAAGACGACGGACCUACCAAGGGAAAUUCUCCACCUACAGCUCCUCCAUUCGCCAUUCUGGAUGCUAUGGUUGAGCCAUACUUUGCAACAACGAAUCAUCAUUUCCCAAUCUGGACAAAAGAAAAGUUCACUAGAAUGGCUGCUACUCUGCGACAGUCUGCAGUACCCGACCAAGAUCUUGCUUCUAUAAUUUGCUGUAACAAUCUAGUUCUUAUGGCCAUGUCAGCGGACUCAUUAUGCUCAAACCGACGGGAGUCACUGCAAACCAAGCAGGCACGCAAGUCUUCAUCAAUCGACUCCGACAUUGUUGAAGGCUUUUUGACAAACGCAAAACGCUCCUUAAAUAAUCUUGACCAACUCAUCUCAUCUCGCUUAAUCAAUGUUCAGGCACUCUUAUCCAUGUACAUAGUGGCGCAAGAGCACCUCUCCAAAGGCCUAUCUGAGACUUUAUUUGCUCUUGCCGUUCAAUGUGCAAAGUCAAUCGGUAUUCACCAAUGGCACUCUUUUCGAGGCGAUCUCACCAACGAAGAUAUGGAGGAGAGACGUAAUAUCUCAUACUGCCUAUACGUUCUUGACAAGGCAGUUUCCUGGACAGCAGGCUCCUCUCCAAACAUACCAGCCACCGAUAUGCAUUUCGACCCAUUUCUGGCGACCUCUGAAAGCAGUGCAGUAUGCUGCCUCCUUGCGAAGACCGAACUGGCCAGGAUUGAGGAGACUGUCUAUUUAGAGAUAUAUGCUAACCAAGCUAAAGAAAAGAACGAAGACCAAGUUCGGGAUUUCGCAACCAUGAUUUUGUCAAGACUUCAAAGCUGGCUGGCUGACUCGGGAAUUGAGUUCGACAAAUUGCAGAAGGUUCCUAAAAGCUCUGCUUCAAAUCUCCAACUUGCCAUCAGAUACCUUUGUGUCCAGCUGCUGCUUAUUUGGCCACAUAAGAAUCAUCCAGAUGGCAUGUUUCAACGAGGUCAAGAAGUUGCGAAACUAUGCAUGAGAUAUUUGAUUUGCCUCUGGAAUUCCUCCCCAGACCAAGGAAAUCAUGCUGUUUUCCCAUUUUUCCUCGCGUCUCUCCCACCACUCUAUCUUUAUGAAGUACUAUCAUCUAUUCUCUGCGGCCGAGGGUCAAAGUCAGACAUUGAUAUGCUACAAGAGUAUGUUGAGAUGCUAAAGGCCAUUACUGACCGCCGGGCGGAAGCAUCGUACAAUCGCCGGCUAUACCGAUUGUCACAUAUUGUCACAGAUGUGGUAAAUAUCAGGAGGGCACAGUACAAACGACAGAAGCCGACCGCGGACGGCUCAACAAAUACUUAUCCAGUGUCAGAACUUCUUUCACCUCCCACAGGCGGAUAUAAAUACACAAACUCGGAGGUUCAAGAAAACGCUGAUUCAUGUUUCGACAGCACUAUAUUUCAAGGCGCAGACAGCUCCUUUGCGUUUAUGAGCCCAAUUAAUUCAACAACCGGGGAACUAGCUCGAGAACCGGACGAAUUUAUGCCGCACUUAGGGAGCUAUUCAAAGAUGGCUCCCGGAAACGAAAGUUUCAAUCCUCUAGCAAUAGAGUCAUUUAGAGAUUCUGUUUUUCUGGAACGGUAG